GCAUCCAGAUCAAGAAGGGAACUGUGCCUGCCUUCAGGAUCUAAAGCUCUUGGAAACAAAAGGAACACUUUAUAUCACAUCUAUAUCCUCAACUAUCUGAUUCCUGUGUUGAACAUGCCUGGAUGGAGCUGCCUGGUGACAGGAGCAGGAGGGUUUCUUGGCCAGAGGAUUGUCCGAAUGUUGGUGCAGGAGGAAGAGUUGCAGGAGAUCAGAGCCCUGUUCAGGACCUUCGGUCGAAAACAUGAAGAGGAAUUGUCCAAGCUGCAGACAAAGGCCAAGGUGAGAGUACUGAAGGGAGACAUUCUGGAUGCCCAAUGCCUGAAGAGAGCCUGCCAGGGCAUGUCUGCUGUCAUCCACACCGCUGCUGCUAUUGACCCCCUUGGUGCCGCUUCCAGACAGACCAUCCUAGAUGUCAAUCUGAAAGGUACUCAGCUCCUACUGGAUGCUUGUGUGGAAGCCAGUGUGCCAACAUUCAUCUACAGCAGCUCAGUGCUUGUGGCUGGACCAAAUUCCUACAAGGAGAUCAUCCUGAAUGCCCAUGAGGAAGAGCAUCGUGAAAGCACAUGGCCUAACCCAUACCCAUACAGCAAAAGGAUGGCUGAGAAGGCAGUGCUGGCAACAAAUGGGAGACUCCUGAAAAAUGGUGGCACUUUGCAUACUUGUGCCUUAAGACUCCCUUUCAUCUAUGGGGAAGAAUGCCAAGUCACUUCAACCACUGUGAAAACAGCACUGAAGAACAACAGCAUAAUUAAGAAAAAUGCCACAUUCUCCAUCGCCAACCCAGUGUAUGUGGGCAAUGCAGCCUGGGCUCACAUUCUGGCUGCCAGGAGCCUACAGGACCCCAAGAAGUCCCCAAGCAUCCAAGGACAGUUCUAUUACAUCUCUGAUAACACCCCUCACCAAAGCUAUGAUGAUUUAAAUUACACCCUGAGCAAGGAGUGGGGCCUCUGCCUUGAUUCUGGCUGGAGCCUUCCUCUGUCCCUGCUUUACUGGCUUGCCUUCCUGCUGGAAACUGUGAGCUUCCUGCUACGUCCAGUUUACAACUAUAGGCCACCCUUUAACCGCCUCUUGAUCACAGUGCUAAAUAGCGUGUUUACCAUUUCCUAUAAGAAAGCUCAGCGCGAUCUAGGCUAUCAGCCACUUGUCAGCUGGGAGGAAGCCAAGCAAAAAACCUCAGAGUGGAUUGGAACACUAGUGAAGCAGCACAGGGAGACACUACACAAAAAGUCACAGUGAUAUGUGGAGGGCGAGGACAUGGCCCUGGGUGUUAUCAGGUCCUCCAGAGAGGGACUUAGAAACAACUCAACUCUUAUCAAUUCCAUUUUAUGCACUGUCCAACUUGUCUUUGGGUCACUAGCAACCUUGCAAGUCACUGGCCCAGUCACACACCAUCAGUCCUAAGCACUUGCCCAGUAAUGCACAGGCUGUUGUGACUCAGCUGCUGUGACCCAAGAAUCUGUGGCUGGUACUGAAUUGCCUGGAACCUCUUGUAGGUAGAAUUUCCUCAGGACUUCCACAUCUCCCUUCCAUGUGCCAAAGCAUUUCUUGUCUUGGAACAUUUUGAUACCUUUAUGAAGCUCAAAGAACAAUAAAAUCUUUUAAUGCUU